AACCUCAGUGCCCACACUCUUCCAGCAGUUUUGCGCUCUAAAGUAAUGAAGAACUUAAUCAAAAUGAAGCAACUGCGACAUCUUACGCUCAAAGGCUGCAUCCUCCACUGGCAAGACUUUGUGGAACUUUGUAAAAAUUUGCCACACCUCAAGGAACUUCGAAUCGGUCGCUUCCACGACUCAGCCAACACCCUUCGCCUUCUGGAGUUGAAAAAAGGCCUCAACGACAUUGCUCACAUCCGUACCCUCCACUGCAAAACAAUUCAAGGCCUAAUGCUUGAGGUUUUGGAGAGGAAUCUGCCCAAUCUUAACCUGGUAUUCAAGGGACCACUCAAAAAUGCAGCCUUUUUGUGCGAUGGUGAUCACAAAACAACUGCAAAUAUGCGUGAAAUUCUGUACAGACCUCUUUACAGUCGUUUCGCCAGGCAAAUUUCUCAGAGGUUUCCAAAUGUAACAUUCUACCAGGUAGACUGUCAUGGUGCGGAAUACAAAGAUUUUCUUCCUGAUCACCUGCCGUAUUUCGCAAAACUCGAGCAAUUGAAAUUUGAGGGUCUGAAGUGUCCGGAAAUUUUUUACUGCGUCCUGCUGAGGUACGGUAGAAAUUUGCAAGAGCUCGUCGUGAGAGGAGAUGGAGAACCGAGAUUAAGUUUCCAGCGCAUCUUCGAUCUAUGCCCCAAAUUGCAAUAUCUAACUCUGCGAAGGGUUUGUGUGGUAGACAAUUCAGAGCCGAUAAACUUCCUGAAGCUCAAGGAACUCUCCUUGAUCAAAAUCAGUUGCGAAAAUCCGUCCAACAUUUUGCUGGCUCCUAACCUCUAUAAGGUAACCCUCAAUGCGAAAUAUUCCGAUUUGGAGAAAUUGUGCCACGUGCUGCCCGCCGGCCAGAGCAAAAUCGAGACCUUCAUCAUGCACUUGAGAGACCUUGUAUGCAUAUCAAGGGAAAAUUUCGAAAGUCUCUCACAAUUUUGGAAAGUCCUAUCAGCUCUAUCACCGAGACUGACUUUUUGCAAGUUUUUCAUUGGUGUUUGGAAAACUGAGUACUGCUCGCAUGUGAAAUUAUGUCGAUAUAUUUGUGGAGAGGUCGGAGGCAUGUUGUUUUACCCUGAUUCGAGCCUUGUCGACGUUUUGCAAGCAUCAGUCAACAUGAAGGACGACUUGGUUUCCUUAACCAAAGUCAGGCUGCAAAGAAAUAUUCUGAACAGUCCAAGCAGCUUGAAGGACAAUUCCAUAAGAACUUUCAUAAAACACAUCGGCUGGUUCCUAGAUAAUGUCAACAAAAUUCAAUUCACCAGAAAAGUGUCCGGACCGGUGCGUGAAGAGAUUUUGAAAGAACUGCUGAGGCCGAGGAAAAUUGACCGUGGAGAAAGGAACAGGAAAUUUGCAAAUACAAUGAAAGCUAUUCCCUAUUUGCUCAGCUCCUGGACCAUAGAACUCAAACUGAACUUCCUCUACUACCUUUGCCCGAUGGAGAUUCGCCAGAACCUCACACCAAGGAUCCUCUCCAUGAUCGCUAAAGGAGCGCCUAACAUCGGAAAACUGAUCGACCGAGGCUCAACGACAGUUUUCACCAAACAAAUACGGAAGAGUUUGUGCAGAAUGGACAAAUUGACCUGUCUGGAGCUGAACAAUAUGGCCCUUCAAUGGAGGGACUUGGUGAAUAUUUGCAAAGCUCUGCCAACACUCGAGAAAAUGGGCUUUUUAUGCUUCGACCGCUCUAUUCGCCCUGAGGAGAUGGAAAAAGACCUAGACGCCGUGGUUCGAUUGAGGGAAUUGUAUUGCAGGCAAAUGAGCUUCUUCGAGCUGGAUUUGUUUGAAAAGCUUCUGCCCAACCUUGACGUGAUCGUCGAAGGACCGACAGCGACAGUGGAGAGAGUCCCUCUCAUUUCUCAUGACGGCGACACGCAAGUUAUUGCACACCUGCGUGGAUUUUUGAGCAGACGUUUAAACGACCCUUCCGGAAGUGGACUGCCAUGA